AUGGCUUCCUUACCAAGCACGUAUUCUGGCACAAUUCCUGUGGCGGUCAUAGGAGGGACCGGCUUUUACGACCUCCCAGGCUUCAAGACUGCUGCGUCUUUAGAUAUCGACACACCAUGGGGCAAACCAGCAUCACCGAUCGUCGUCCUCGAGCACACAACCCCUUCUGGAAAGGUCCUUCCAGUCGCCUUUCUCUCACGACAUGGAGUCAACCACCAGUUUGCGCCUUCUGAAGUCCCGAAUCGCGCCAAUAUCGCUGCCCUCCGACAUAUUGGCGUGCGAGCUAUCGUCUCCUUCUCCGCCGCAGGCUCAUUGCGAGAGGAGAUCCGACCACGAGACUUCGUUGUUCCAGACCAAGUCAUCGACCGCACGUGGGGUCGCCCCAGCACCUUUUUCGGCGAGGGUCUAGUCUGUCAUGUUCCUAUGGCCGAUCCAUACGACGAGGGCAUCCGCCAAGCUGUGCUGAAAUGUGCCGGUGCCCUACAAGGCGAUUCGAAGCUACACAACGGCGGAACGACAGUCGUCAUCCAAGGCCCGACCUUCAGCACUCGCGCGGAGAGCAAGAUGUACCGAUUAUGGGGCGGCGAUAUCAUCAUGAGCACGGACUACGACUGCUGGAAGGGUGAGGAAGAUGUCAGCGUCGAGAUGGUAAUGGGUCACAUGAGGGCCAAUUUGGAGAACGCGAAGGGCUUGGUUGCGGCUGUGCUGGACGAGAUGGGGAAAGAUGAGUAUGCGGAUCUUCGGGCAGGCAAGGCUUGGGAGGGUCAGAGACGCUUUGGUGUGAGCACGAAACAGGAAGGUAUGGGUGCUGAUGCGUUGAAGAAGCUUGAGUGGUUGUUUCCGGGCUAUUUCACGAAUCACAGUGGCAGACCUGCCUGA